AUGUUCUAUUUAUUCCAUUACAAUAAGUCUCAGAAGACUGGUGGUAAAUUUGACUGAUAGGAUGUUUAGAAGUAUUUCAUUAUUAUUGUAUAAUUUGCUGUAAGUAUAUGUUUGUAAGCAGGAAUCUUAUCACUGUAAAUAAAGGUCCAAUUUGGUGUAAAAAAAAAGUUUCUUAGGCAAAUACCUUGUAGGAAGCGAACAAGAGCAACCCGCCACAAUACGAAGAGAAUCUACAAAUACCACUCAUCAACGGAAACAUUAUGAACAUACCGCUUGCAUCAAUAAACAUAUCGGAGGAAGUGAACAAAACGGGCAUAUGGAAGCAAGUGAACAACAGCAACAAGAUGAAAAAGAGUGACGGGAAAGACUACAAACCAAAGUCAGGGAAGAAGAAUAUUAAACACAAAAAACUCAUGUCCAAAACCGCACAAUCAGAAAUAGAGAGGAGAUUAUCAACUAUGGACGAGGUCGAAGAAGAUGACCCUUCUGUAAAGAGCGAUGUCGUAAGGCGCAAGGAGUCUUGGAGUGGUGGAAAUAAAAAGAAUGAAUCUAGAAAUAAUAGUUCUGCUGAAAACGAUUCGAGUUUUAAUGCUUAA